AUGGCAGCGAGAACCUCACAGCGCUGUAACCCAGUCACCGCGCGGUACCCAGACCGGCCGCUAGAUGGCACCGAGAUCCUCACAGCGUUGUACGCCCUCCCCUCUGUUGCUAUGGAUACUGUUACUGUUACCAUGGUGACGGCGCGGCCUAGCUGCAGACCUGGUAGUGGAGUCGGACAGGGCGCUAUACCGAGGUAAACAUGGCUUCCCUGAGCCUCCUCCGGGUGUCUGUGGGAGCAGGAGGCCAGGCAGGGCACAGGAGGGGGGCAGGCCUGCAGUGCAUCAUGGGAUUUGUAGUUCAGGGACAGCUGGAGAGCUGCUGCCUCUCACUGAUGACGUCAUGAGACAGGGUGACGUCACGUGGAUGGGUGAUGGUCAAAUUUACUAAAGUUCUAUCAGACCCUGCCAUCCAUCAAUAGCAUCCCGUGUGUUAUUAUUAUUAUUAUUAUUAUUAUUAUUAUUAUUAUUAUUAUUAUUAUACCGUGUGUUAUUAUUAUUAUUAUUAUUAUUAUUAUACCGUGUGUUAUAUUAUUAUUAAUAUUAUUAUUAUACUGUGUGUUAUUAUUAUUAUACUGUGUGUUAAUAUUAUUAUUAAUGUUAUUAUUAUUAUACUGUGUGUUAUUAUUAUUAAUAUUAUUAUUAUUCAGUUAAUUAUUAUUAAUGUUAUUAUUCCAUUAAUUAUUAUUACUGAAGCACCAACAUAUUCCGCAGAGUUGUACAAAUUAGUUGUCCCAUAUUUGGUCGUUCUGGGGUUAGGAAAAUCACCGCGCUGACAAUCUGAUCAUAUAAUAUAUAUUUUACAAACAUCAUUUAAACGUCUAAUAUUUUGCAGAUAGUUAGUAAAUGCCGUUAUCGCCUUUAUUAAAGAGUUUAGCAGGUGGGGAUGUAUUGUAUUUAAUGGGUUUUCCAGCACACAAGUGAGAAUGAUAAGCCCCUUGGAGCCCCUUGCUUGCAUUGGGCUGAUAAGAUUCUGGGUUAACCCAAAGCUUCCCAAAGCUAGCAAUACAUCAUUUAUUUCUUCAUAUUUUUUAUCUGAUAUGAUGUGGAAUAUAUAAACUCACUCGUAUACUCAAUUUCAUGCACCUUCUGCAAAUUAUAUAUUUUUAAAAAUGUUAUUUUAACUGAAUGAUUUUUUUAUAAAAACUGGGAGAGUCACCCUAUGAGUUCUAAAGAAGUUAAAUAAUUCGGAAGGUAAAGUGAUGUUUAAAAAUGGGCAUUUAUAGUAAAAGGUGAGUCCUAUCCUGAUAUUACUUCUUUAAGCCUGUUGGCAGCACAGGUCAUUAAAGUUUACUAAACAUGUAACACCAGAGUAACUGUAACCUUUCAUUUUCAUAAUAGAUGGACACAAACGUCCUUCAGGAUUUGGAACCAUCACCACCAACAGAUUCUCCAAACAUUGACGCAGAGUCCCUUGAUACUGUAUCCCGCACAGGUGAGUGAUUAAUCACAGGCGAUGUGUAUGGGUUAGGCACCCCAACACAGUCCAUACCCUCAUUCUAGUCAAGAAACAAAUGCAUGUGCCUGUGUUUAGUAUAGAAUGGCAGUGGGGUAUUAACUGGUAAUCAUAUCAAAGUAUUUAAGGAAUACUCUAAACUACAUAACCACUGCAUUGACUGUCCAUUUCAUCCAACAUGGAUCUCAGUAAUUGUCUCUGAGUACUGGUGGCAGGUUAACCCAAUUGUAACGGAACCGCUGGCACCACGACAGGGUACCUUCCAUUGAUGAAUGCUCCUAGUGCUUCCCGAGGACUCUAAGCACUCCGCCAGACACCAUAACCACUGUAGACUCCCACGAACCGCCGCAGCUUGGUUGGGGUCUCGCCAGGGUCCAGCUUCCAGUAGGUCGACCUCUCCGAAUUCCAGUGAACAGGAACAAGCUCUUAGCAGAGCUUAGUGAUUAUACCCUGGGCAGUAUAGUGAUUAUAGCAAUCCCCAGAGUGUAGUUCUCCAAUCCCCCAAACAUGAGCCGAAACUUCAUGAAGGUACAAGAUGAUCUGCUUUAAUUGGCACCAAAGGACUUUCUUUUAUGCAGGUUUUACACACAGUCCCGCCCACAGGGUUUUGUAGAACAACCAAUAAAACAUGUACAUUACAGUAACACACUCCCAGCAAUUACACACAAAUCCUCCCCUUUGCCUGUGAUAUAAUUACUAAACACAAUGGGUUAAUGUAAUUAUCACAGGCAGGAAAAAUAAACUUUUUAUACAUACACUGUAACUUUAAAAAUAUGUAUCAUAUUCACAUAAAACAUACAUAUUCAGAAUCAGCAUACUUUAAAUAUAAACAUAACCAAAAAUUACACAAAUCCCUCCAGAAGUUCAAAAGUUAGCUGGAAGUACUUUAUGACCGAACGCAAACACAUUUUCCUGCCCAAAACAGUUCCAUAGAUUUGGGCUGUGCGGUCGGUCUAUUUCAGGCAGAAAAAUGACUGAGUCCCAUUCGAAUUCACGAACGGGGCCGUUCGUGCAUUUGGCUCAGUAUAACAGUGAGUUCAAACUGCCGAACGGGACUUAGUCUCUGCUGCUUCAAACUUAGUGUAGGAGAAGGUAAGGGUCAGCGGUGUUUGUUGAAAUGUGUAGCCGAUUUCAGUUCCAUGAAUUUGGCUACACAUACCUCUGACCUUGUUUGAAUGAACAAAGAUGGCUGCCGCCACGUGUUCGUUUGCACGAACUGCGGCCACCCAGCGGUCGGCAAUUUACCUACAGCAGGCUCCCAGCCUGGGAGGUAAAUUGCCUGCACACUUCCACUUCUGGGUGGUCCGCCUGUGUAGCACUUGGUUCAGUAAGCCCCAUUUACUGAACCAAAUGGGAGAAAGCCCUGCACAAAGGAUUUUACAGGUUUGGGGACAUAGUCUUAAAGGGGCACGGUCACACAAAGUCUCAAUAUGGCCGAAGACGGUUUUUAAAGAGCCAGCAUGGUCCAAUACAAGUUCAUAAGCCACAAUGCAGUUUUUAAAGGGCCACCAGCAGCACAAUAUAAAUUCAUUAGCACAAAUAAUGUUUGUAAAGGGCCAUACAACCCAGGGCCAUAGGCAGGAGGCUGGCAAUCAGGCUCCUCCAACAGCCAGGGGCAAAGGGCAGCUUGUCACCUAAAAAUCCAGUGACAAAAGGCAUUUCGUCACACCAAUCAAUGGCAUCCAGUUUAGACAAAGUUGACAUUAAUAAGGUGGCAGCGUUAAUUCCACAUUAGAGUCCAAGUUUGACAUUGAAACAGGGGACUGACCUAUGACAAUCUAAGCAUGCCACACGCAUAUCCUCUUGGACUGAUUUCCUUGCCAAGCUGCACAUAGCCUAGUAUACUGAAUAGUAAACUAAUUAUUAAUCUGGCUGACACACCAAAUACAAAAUAUAGCCCACCUAAGGUUUGCAGCUAAAAUAAAAUGUAUAUCUGCACCUUUUUAAUGACCGUGGGUUCGUUCACUAAUUUAGGAAUUAAUAAACAUGACAAGGGUAUUUUAGGCCAAAAUAAAACAUUUUUCCAGCUGAGCAGCCGUUCCCCUAAAUUUAUUAACUCCUUUAUCAGUUAUCCAGAAUGUUUAGUCCAGUAAAUAAACACCAAAAUAUUGUAUUGCUAACCUUUAUUCUAUCCCACAGAUGUCCUUGGUUCUAAUCCAGAAGCCUUGGCAAUUGAACCCAUUGUAGGUGAGUGAUUAGUUGCUGCUCAUUCCUUGCUGGUGUAUAACACAUGACUUGUCACUGGCUUGGUGCCCAUAUUUAUACUUUGUUCAUUAAUUAUAUAUAUUUUUGUUUAGAUAACGAAAGACCAACAUCUCCAGAUAUCCCCAGCACAGUCCAAGAGACGACAAGUGAUCCAUCUAGUGUAGGUGAGUGAAUACUCCUUUAGAGAUCGAAAUGAAUUAAAAUAAAAUACCCCAGCUAUUUACUAACCCUGUAUAUCUGGGAUACAGCUAUUUACUAACCCUGUAUAUCUGGGAUAUAGCUCUUUACUAACCCUGUAUAUCUGGGAUAUAGCUCUUUACUAACCCUGUAUAUCUGGGAUAUAGCUCUUUACUAACCCUGUAUAUCUGGGAUAUAGCUCUUUACUAACCCUGUAUAUCUGGGAUAUAGCUAUUUACUAACCCUGUAUAUCUGGGAUAUAGCUAUUUACUAACCCUGUAUAUCUGGGAUACAGCUAUUUACUAACCCUGUAUAUCUGGGAUAUAGCUCUUGACUAACCCUGUAUAUCUGGGAUAUAGCUAUUUACUAAGCCUGUAUAUCUGGGAUAUAGCUAUUUACUAACCCUGUAUAUCUGGGAUACAGCUCUUUACUAACCCUGUAUAUCUGGGAUACAGCUCUAUACUAAGCCUGUAUAUCUGGGAUAUAGCUCUUUACUAACCCUGUAUAUCUGGGAUAUAGCUAUUUACUAACCCUGUAUAUCUGGGAUAUAGCUCUUUACUAACCCUGUAUAUCUGGGAUACAGCUCUAUACUAACCCUGUAUAUCUGGGAUACAGCUCUUUACUAACCCUGUAUAUCUGGGAUACAGCUCUUUACUAACCCUGUAUAUCUGGGAUACAGCUCUUUACUAACCCUGUAUAUCUGGGAUACAGCUAUUUACUAACCCUGUAUAUCUGGGAUAUAGCUCUUUACUAACCCUGUAUAUCUGGGAUACAGCUCUAUACUAACCCUGUAUAUCUGGGAUAUAGCUCUUUACUAACCCUGUAUAUCUGGGAUACAGCUUGGCUAUUUACUAACCCUGUAUAUCUGGGAUACAGCUUGGCUAUUUACUAACCCUGUAUAUCUGGGAUACAGCUUGGCUAUUUACUAACCCUGUAUAUCUGGGAUAUAGCUAUUUACUAACCCUGUAUAUCUGGGAUACAGCUUGGCUAUUUACUAACCCUGUAUAUCUGGGAUACAGCUUGGCUAUUUACUAACCCUGUAUAUCUGGGAUAUAGCUCUUUACUAACCCUGUAUAUCUGGGAUACAGCUUGGCUAUUUACUAACCCUGUAUAUCUGGGAUAUAGCUCUUUACUAACCCUGUAUAUCUGGGAUACAGCUUGGCUAUUUACUAACCCUGUAUAUCUGGGAUACAGCUUGGCUAUUUACUAACCCUGUAUAUCUGGGAUACAGCUUGGCUAUUUACUAACCCUGUAUAUGUGAGAUUUUCAAGCUGGGCUGUUCAAGAAAACAAACUUCCAAAACAUGCCAUCAUCUAGCUUUAUCAUAGUGGAAUAAAUGCAGAGUCUUGGGGUCUACCUGGCCUAGCUGUAAGGUAACUGAGCCUGACAUUAAUAUUGUGUACGUUGUAUCUAGAAAACCCAAUACCUGCAGAGGCCAUUGUGCCCGGAGCCACAGAAGUUGCAUUCAGUGUGGGUAAGUGCUGAUUACUCAUUUUCCCCCUGAGUAGGUUUAAUUGUUAACGGUUAUUAUGUCAGUUACUUCUCUUUAUAAAACGUGUGUGAUAAGGUUUAAUGUUGGUUGACUGAUUUACAGUAAUUUUCUUUAUUUAGAAAAUGAUGAUUCCUUGCCACACAGUGUCCCUAUGGCCAGUCCAGAGGCGAUUGAAUUUAUGUCCAACAUAGGUAAGUUAUUACUUAACCUCCUUCCAGCAGGUAGAACGGUCACAAAAUUGGAAAACUGAGGUCCCAAACAGACCAAUAAAAGAAAAGAUCUGGUAAAGGUGAACUUUAUUAUGCAAGAGCGCCAUCUUCUGGCUGACUCCCCAAAUACAAAAAAGCCCACCUAAGUGUUAUGGUUUGCAGCUAUGGUUCAAUAGCAACCAGCUACACUGGCUUCUAACAGAAACAUCAUUUCACGGUUACCUGAAAUUAAUAUCCUAAUUAUAAAAGUGAUAUGUCUUGGUCCUGUCUUUCCAGGGUUGGAUGAGCUGUGUCUGUGCCUGUUUAGUGAGUCCUUUAACACCGUUUCGGAGUCUGGAGAUGAAUCAGGUUCUUUCACAGUCAGCGUGCAGCCCACAUACCACCAGCUAGAAGGACUGGAAGAAGAGAAAUGCUUCCUGGUUCAUGCCUCUACCCAAAGCAUCAUUGAUAAUAUUCCAACAGGCAGCUCAAUAGUUGGUGAGAAUGUCUGUAUUUGUUAAUAAAAUCACAUUAUACUGGGAUAAAACUCUGUUUCUUUACCGUAAAGCAUUGCUUGGAAGUCAGUAUGUGACAUCUGUGCCUUCAGACCUAUGUAGGCUCUGGUAGGUUACAAUGUUUUAUAAAUUACCUAAUGAACUAUACAACCUUGUGAGAAAUCAUUAUUAACUAUAUAGCUUUGCUUAUUCUAUAAAAUGGAGCAAACGUCCUGGAGAGUUACAUUGUAUAACCCUGUCCAAACAUUUUUCCUUUUCUUCCCAUUGAUAUUGUGUUCUCUUUCAGGUUACAUUUCACCAAAGUUAGAAAUACUGGAGCAGCAUCAUCACGAGUAUAUAAAGGUACAAAUUGGAUUAUUCCGAACAUCACUAUAACCACCGCACUCGUUACCUUUCGGAAUGCUUAACCAUAGGCGUGUAGUCUGUAAUCAUGCAAUAUAACUGCACACUACACCUUUUAGGAUGCUUAGACAGAGGUUUAUACUUUGAAACCACACAUUAUAGCUGCACAAUGCACCUUCUAGGAUGCUUAAUAACAUGCUCAUACAUUAUAACACCGUAUUCCAGCUUUACAAUACACAAUUGUGAUAUAUGUAUCCGAGAGCUUACAUUCUGUAGCCUGCAGCAGUUAGAAUUCCAGCGAUUGCUUAUCCCUGACUGUGACAUCUGGCAGCUUUUUGACAAAGUAAUGGUCACUCAGUGUGUAUCUUGAGCCAAUUUGACCUUAAUGAACAGAUAUUCCUUUAGCGUAAAUCUCACUAUUCGGAUUCCAUUUCAAUAAAGUUCACAAUUUAACUAAAGUCAGCUACCUACAACUUUACUGGAACUGGCAUCUGCACUGGGCAAUAUGGCAAUAUCAAGGAAGAAUGGACAUGUAUUCAGUAAAGCAAGACUAUUUUCAUUUUAGGCCAAAGUAGCUCAUCUGGACAAAAUCUAAACUCUAUAACUUUUUUCCAGUUUCUCUGUUUUGACCUAAAAUGUUCCGUUUCCUUACCGAUUCUCCACAAUUCACAGUUCAGGGAGUAAACACCUUCAGUAGACAUAGUUAGCUUGUUUUGAGAAUGGGCACGGCUAUGUGUUACUCUCACAAAGUUACGACUAAUCCUCCAUCUCUACUGCUAGCUCUUUAUUGUGGUUUGGUGGUGGAGUGGGUGAAUGGUGCCCUGUAUGUAAACCUGGCGUGUUGGCUGGCUGUUCCUUUCCUUAAUCUCUUUUCAUGGCUAUUGCAUGUUACAGAUGAAAGCUAACUCUGUGGAUAAGAAGACCCAUAUACGGAGACAAGGGGACCAGCUGGUUAUUAACACCAUUAUUACCGAGGGCGAGGUAAGACAAUAUCUCUUACACAUACACUGAAUAUCAGGGGUAGGUAACUGUUGUGGACUACAUGUCCCAUAAUCCUGGUAAAUAUAAGGGAGUUGUUGUCUACAACAUCUGGAGUGCCGAGGGUUGCUUACCCCAAGAAUAGAUCAUAAUAUACAAUGUGUGUAGAUAUAGUAAUACGGUUAGUACAGAGGAUGAGGUAGGGUAAUAUCUUUUAAGCAUACAUUUAGUAGAUAUAUAUGUUAAUGUUCUAUGUCGUUUGUCAAUUCCUUCUGUAAAAUAACUAUUUAUUCUUGAUGUAUUUGCUGGUCUAAAACUUUUAUUGGACGCAGAAAAAGUGUCCAUUGGAUAAUUUUCCAUUUCAUUUUGUUUAGAAAGUGAGCCAGGAAACGACUUCUCAUCCAUUAAACCUGCUGUCAGGGCUGGUUACAGAAGCAUCCAAUCUGCUGAUUAUGCGCCUAAUGGCCCGGAGGAAGUUAUCACAAGACAUGGUCUUUCUGUGUUUCGAUGCAGAGACUAACCUGUGUACUUCGAGCUACGUGAGUUUGCACGCAACCAGACACACAUCACACUCCCCAGUUACACAAUAUGCGUGUUGGAAAGCGUAUGUGGUGUGCUUAAAAAUCCUGGUCCUCCAUCACUGCUGAUAUCCCACCCAUCUCCUCUCUGUUGCUUGUCUUCAAGAGUGGGGACAUGAGGAUGUAAGAUAUGGGAAACCUGGUGACUGUAACUCCCUAGCAUUCUAAUCCCUGCUGCCUGUCGGGCAAACCUGGUGACUGUCACCCUAGCAUUCUAAUCCCUGCUGCCUGUCAGGCAAACCUGGUGACUGUCACCCUAGCAUUCUAAUCCCUGCUGCCUGUCGGGCAAACCUGGUGACUGUCACCCUAGCAGUCUAAUCCCUGCUGCCUGUCGGGCAAACCUGGUGACUGUCACCCUAGCAUUCUAAUCCCUGCUGCCUGUCAGGCAAACCUGGUGACUGUCACCCUAGCAUUCUAAUCCACCCUAGCAUGCUGCCUGUCGGGCACCCUAGCCUGGUGACUGUCACACUAGCAUUCUAAUCCCUGCUGCCUGUCGGGCAAACAUGGUGACUGUCACACUAGCAUUCUAAUCCUUGCUGCCUGUCGGGCAAACAUGGUGACUGUCACUUUAGCAUUCUAAUCCCUGCUGCCUGUCGGGCAAACCUGGUGACUGUCACCCUAGCAGUCUAAUCCCUGAUGCCUGUCGGGCAAACCUGGUGACUGUCACCCUAGCAUUCUAAUCCGUGCUGCCUGUCGGGCACACCUGGUGACUGUCACACUAGCAUUCUAAUCCUUGCUGCCUGUCGGGCAAACAUGGUGACUGUCACUUUAGCAUUCUAAUCCCUGCUGCCUAUCUGACAUAAUGCCUGUACCACUGGCCACAAGAACACUAUGUAAUAAGAGAGAUCGGAGACCUGCAUCGCCAGCAACAGCUCUCCCACAGGUACACUAGAGCUCCACGAUAAAUUGAUCUUGUCAAAAGUUUAGAGUGAAACGACUUCAUGGGAAUCACAUUUUCACAAUUUUCCAAAAGACAAUUUACAUUAUUAGUCACAACAUUAUUUCAAAUAUAAUAUUAUGUUCUAUAUAAUCAAAUGUCUAAAACAAUUUGCAGAAAAAAAUGAAAAAUAAAUAACUAAAAAUACAGAUAAUUCUAAACACUAUAUUGAAUGUUUGUAGAAUAAGAGUUUUUAUAAAUAUUUGUAUAAAUAUGGUUUGCAGCUACAAAUUUACAAAAUAUAUGUGUGAUAUGAGUGCAAUAAGAAACCUGCCCCAGUGUUUCCCCUUUAGUAACCACAUCCUAAAUACUAGAAAUGGAAUUUAUUUUGUAACUGUUAUACCUUUACUAUAGAUAUCUAACGUUCACUUAGAUCAAACAUAACAUACAGCUAGGUUAUGUUAUUAAAACUUAGGCUGGGUGUUGAAUUGUGAUCAGUUCUUUAGGUUCUUUCCAGUAUUAUACAAAUGAUUUCUAAAUUGAAUGUCUUCCACUGGAAGGUUUUCCCAUGUAUCCACUACUAUUUCUGUAAAAUAGAAUUUUCACACAUUAUCUCUGUCUAUUACCUUUCAUAUUCGAGUUAUGCAAAGGCACAAGGUUGGAACUAAGUCAGAAAGCAGCAAUACAAAGCAACUUGCUGCCCAGUGACAGUGGUAGCAAAUUAGAUUAGUUAUCUCAAAGAACGCUCCAAAAUAUGCUGGUUUUUAAAAGUGGCACAGACAAACAGAGAACUUCAAGGAAUUACCUCUCAGACAACUAUGAAAUAAAUAUUGAAGCCUUCGUAAAUGAGCAAAUGUACUUUUAUUACAGCCAUCAUGGGUGUUAGGGUUCUUUCCUGACCAGGGCCCUCUUAUGGUUGGUAAACCAUCUCUUUACCUGGAGAAUUGAACAAUUUAUGGGCAGUCCUUCGUUGAUCUAACUGGUUGAGAAGAAUAAUCAAAUUGACAAACAGAGUUUCUGGUGCAAUUUGACAGUUUGUCAAUUUAUUGAUAAAAGUACAGGGUUUAUGAAGGUAUAGUUUCGAUAGAUCUCUAUGAGUGGCACAGAAUCAAAAUAAUACUAACAAUUCAUUGGUUAGUAGGCUAUCUUUCAACUUCUACCAAAGUUCUGACGUAUACAAUAUGUUAUUUUUGCCAAAUUAUGGAUGUUGAAUAAUGCUUAAUCCCUUAAAGGGACACUCCACUGCCAAAUGCAAAAUAAAUACAAAUCAAUGUUUAAUAGAUAUACCCCAAAUGAAUACAUGCACACAUUUAAUUAUGCAUUUUUUUAUUGGGGGUAUAUUUCAAAUCUGUUUGCAAAAGCUGCAGUUCUCUGUUCUGAAGCCUUUGCAAGCCCUCCCAUUCUAACCCCGCCCAGACUUUCUGUAGCUGUCCAAUCACAGACUUUCCAAUGCAGAUUAAUGAGAAGUCUUUGCAAGGCAGGUACUCUGGGCAAUUUCAGCCACCAUUGAGCUAGACAACCAGGAAGUAAUAGAAGCUGCUGUCUGCUUGAAAGCCAAGAGGGUGUAACCAGGUAAAUUUCUGCUAAAAUCUGCACCUUUUUAAAAUGAAAAUAAGAUAAAUACACUUUACACAUACAGCUCAGCAACCAAAAAUGUUUUAGGGGUCUGGAGUGUCCCUUCAAUUGCUGAUCACCAAAAAACUCUUAAUACUGUCAUAUGUUUAUUAUUUUCUCACUGCAAAUGUAUCACACUGCACUGCAAACAUUCUGCUCUAUCUUUAGAUAUAUCUAUGUUAGUGGCAUCUAUGAGAUAUCACUUACGGUAAUUUGCAGUUUAUUCUUAUAAUUUGUUUAUGACUAAACUUAAGCCUUGAUAUUAUCAGGCACUGUAGUCGGAGUUGUGGCAGAUGAGUACAAGAUAAAAGGACAAAAACAACUUUAUCUGAGGUUAUAUAGCAGCCAUAAUAUGACUCAGCAUGAUUUAACUUUAACUUGAAAACGUAUUCUUUCUCGUUAAUUUUCUUAGUGUGGUAUAAUUUGAAUAUGGCUUCCUAGCAUACAAAUUGCUGUAUCUGGUUCAGAAUAUCUAACAAAGAGGUACCUAGUCAGAUUACUCCUUAGCAGUUGUAGUAAAACAACAUUUACAACUUUAAGAUAUGUUUGUUUUUUUUAAAAAAUAAAUCAUUAAUUAAACCUGCAUUUUGUGCUGGCAUUAAUACAAAAUUAAAGUGUAAAUCUUUUACUUACUGUUGUAUAUUGCACCAAAACAACCUUGAGUUCAUUGAUGGGAAACUUGAUAUGAAUGACAGUGCUGAUUAAGCUAUAAUAGAAUCAAUUAUUCUGUGCAACUGAGUGAAAGAUACUGUAAUCUCUGUACAGUUAUCCUCUCUCCUCCUUGCUCUUUUCAUAUCAGACUGAGCUGGGAUUCCAGAGCCAAGGGAUUGGAAAGGACACUGUGGAGGUUUACGGCAUAGAACGAAUGAUCCAUUCAGACGAUGUUCCCAUUACGUGGCACUGUUACUUUCUUUCAGAUGGGUAUGUCUUGAUAUCAAUCCCUUCUCCAUCAUCAUACAUCAUAAAAUGAAUGCUUUUUGGAGAUAAUUCAUGUUAUACUUAGAUCAUAGGCAUUAAGUGUGUUAUUUAAAAGUGUAAUAAAUACACAGCACUCAGCUGACACGCUUGAAUUUUUGUUUUCAUAAUGAAGUUAUUUUCCUAUUUUAAUACUACUCUUACCUCCCAGGCACUUGGCUAGCAGAGUCCAGAUUGGAUCACCGGUUAUCAUAAGACUUUCCCGGAUGCCCAUAUUGUCUGAACCAGGUAAGACACAUUUUCAGAACUUCAGGAAUCUAAUGCAAACAGCGUCAAAGACGACAGUGUCUAUAGGCAAUGAGAGCAUUCCCCUACUUAAGUCUGUGGACCACGACUCUUCAGAAUAUAUGACAAUUGCACAUUAUUUGAAACAGUGGCAUAGCACGCUGGGAGAAGGAGUCCACAACAGCCGGAGCUCAAGAUUCAAUUAAAUGUUGUUCAGAAAAGGAUGCAGUCAUUGUUUGUGGUGUCCAUCUUAAAAUACAGCAGUUGCAUAGUGUUUGCCCAGAGUGGUGCUUCGUAGUGCGCAAACUACAUGGGUGGCAGAUUGUGACUUGCUGGGUGGGCUCAAGACGGUGGAUGUGUAAAAUGUGAACUAUGAUGUCAUGUUUUUUGUUUUAGAUGAACAAGACCCUAAACCUGUGUUUGGAAGAAAACCUCUGAUUUGGCAAGAGGAUGUGCAGUUAUAUUCCAAUUAUCUGGACAGAAAGGUGUGUGUAUAUCCUGCCUCGUUAAAGUCUUUAGUGUCAUGGUGUAUUCACCCCAGAUAGUAAAUCCAUACUGAAGUAUUUACUCACUAAUAACUGAACUGAAAGCAGAAAAGCUAAAUAUGGGCCAAUUGUUUGGCUAUAGUCAUAUUUCAACUAGAACUCAGUUUAGUGAAUAAGCUCUGCCUUUACCACUCCACAGCUACGAGUCUCAUGGGGAAACCCUAAAACCAGGAGGUUUUAAGUAAUGAGAAAAUAUGAAUAGAACCCUGAGAGAUAUCCCUGGUGUGUUUUAUGGUGCACAAGUACAGCUGGCAUUCAAAUGAUUAAAGAUAUUUUCCUGAUUCCCCCAUGUUACAGAAUACACUCCUGGCAGACAAGUAGAAAAAUGGCUACAAAAAUACACACACUAUUUUCAUAAUUCAGAUUCACUCGUAAUUGUCAGCUGAACCAGUCAAAGCUCAGGUUUCCAUUUCAGGCAGAACUUAUCGCAGGCCAUGAAACCUACCUCCGCCGGCACCCGGAAAUGAAGAUACUCCUGGCAGAUUUCAUGCAGUUUCUACUCCUUAGAAAGCCCGAGGAUGUCAUAACAUUUGCUGCAGAAUUCUUUGGACCAUUUUCAACUGCUCAGAAACGUGGUGACACAUUUAGGUCUUCUACAAUCCCAAACCAUUUCCAGGUCAUUAAAGAUAAUUAA